AUGGCGCUUACUAGAAGACGAGCUUCAGAGCCACCCUCUGAAAUAUUUUCUCUGCCGAUUUCACAUCUCAGCAAGCUAAAUAAACUUUUGCCAGCUGGUUUUAAACUCGAAGGCACAGCUAUCAAAGAUCCAGAAAGUCCGUCUACGGAUUCAGAAAAGAAAAAAUACAAGAAACGUAGUCGUUCUCGUCAAAAAGAGAGGAUUAGAAUCAACACUUAUUCUGAAUGGACCGAUCGUGACGUUGGGCUAAAAAUGGGCGGAGAAGCAGCUCGCAGAUGCUACGAAAUCAUCCAAAAUCUCAAAAUGCACAUCUUGGUCGCUCCCUUUUUGCAACCAGUGGACCCUGUUGCCCUUAAUCUCCCUGAUUAUUUAGAAAUCAUCCAAGACCCUAUCGAUAUUUCUACAGUUGAAAGAAACCUGAAAGCUGGGCUUUACUCUAACUCAAUGCAAUUUGCAACUGAUAUGAGAAGGAUCUGGCUAAAUUCCUUUACAUAUAAUGCAGUGGAUUCUGACAUGUUCUAUAUAACUCUUGAAAUGGCGACUUAUUUUGAGCGGCAAUUCAAGGACCUUGAAGGGGUCUUGUUUUGUCCUGGAACUGAAAUUAAAAAAAUGCCACGUGAGAAGCUUGUAGUUAAAGAGUAUAUGAACAAGCCUAUGACCUUACAAGAAAAGAAAGUUUUGGGGGCAAAUAUCAAGAAAUUAGGCAAAGAGCAAAAGGAGAAGGUAAAAUUGAUUGCUGGGCUUGAUAAAAGCGGGAAAAGUAAAUUAAAUUUAACGACGCUAUCGCCGACUAUUUGUAGAGAACUGGAAAAGUUUGUGAAAUUGAGCUACCAGGCAAGUUUGCAUAGGAAUAGGCAAAGAAAUUUGUUGGGGUUAAAAAGGCAGUUUCAUAGUGAUUUUUGUUAUGGAUUAUCGGAUAAAAGGAUGAAGAACCAUCAUAAUGAAGAUAUGGAGUAUUAUUAA